AUGCACGACUUUGUCUCGCACGUGCUGCGGCGCUACUUUGAAGCGACGGCGUGGAACGAGUACAACUCGUACCUGCAUCUCACCUCGUCCUCUGCCUCCAUCCUCGAUUUCCCCAUCCCGACGGGUCUCACGCUGUCCAUAUCCGCCUCGCCCACGCCGCCGUUCUUUACGACGUACCGUCUUGGGGCGCUGCCGAAUCUGCGAGCGGGGAUCGGGUAUAUCUAUGCCAGCACGCAUGCGCCGAUCGACUUUGGCAAGUCGUCGAAAGAUGUCAAGCUUAAAGAGGUGAUUGAACGAUUCCGCAUCGUCGAGGCUCCGCGGAAAUUGCCUCCGCAGGCGGAUCAGGAGUACUACUGGCUCGCGGGAGAGAGGCAUGCCGAGCCAUCGCCAACACAGGAUGGUAGUGCAGAGUAUCUGGUGUACGGAUGCAUGCACGUACCCAGUGCGCGAUUGGAUGCGCUGUGGACCAAGCGCCUCAGCCCGACGUGGCAGUUGAUUCUGACGGCAGUGUCAACCCCGCCAAAGUAUCCGAUUAAUGCGCUGCAUAGUGCGGCCCUGGCUACGCAGUCGGCAUACGCUUCGGGAUCCAAAUCAGGCAUGGCGGGUAGUGUGGAUCGACUCGAUGCAUCGGGCACACUCUCGUCCUCGACGAUCAGCAGCUCCACGGCCACACAGCAACCCGUAGCGGCGAGCGAUCUGGGACCGGCGGGAUCGACGAACCUCCAGCUGACGUUGCAGCGCGAUACAGGACGGUGGUUCACCGAAUACAGCUACUCGGUCGACGAUGCGCUGUGGGGAUUCCGCGUGCUGCACAACUUUGGCCCGAGCGACGCCGUCGAGCCCAACCCCUCCUCUUCCACCGAGGCCGUUGCUUCGUCGUCGGGUCGGAUCGAUUCCACCACAGGGCAGACGGAAGGUGAUGCGGAUGCAGGUGGAGGCUUGAGGGGGAGGUUCAGUGCGGGCGCCGAGGUGUUUGUCAGUACGGUGGAAAAGUCGGCGGGCCUAUCGACGGGCAUUCGCUUUUCGACGUUGCCAGAUUCGCCGGUGAUCGCACCGGAUGCGGUGCCGUCGCAACCGCCGACGGUGAUAACCGCCACGCUUAAUCCGAUGAUGGGUCAUCUGAGUACGGCGUACGCGGCAAGGAUGGCGAGGGACGUGGUGGUGUGCUCGCGCUUUGACUUUAAUGUCUACAGCUACGAGUCUGAAUGGACCGUGGGGGCAGAGUACUGGUUGCGAGCGGCCAAACCCCCCUCGCCAACCGCAACAAUGCCACGAGCGGAGGAAUCGGUAUCCAAGUCAAUGUCUCUACGCGAUCACCUCCACCCCACCGAAAGUUCACUGCCUCCUCCACCACCUUCUACCGCAUCCAGCCUCGUUGCCCCUGCUGGAGUGCCUGCUUCACUCUCGACGCUGCUAUCGCCAAUCACGGGCGUGUUGAAGGCGCGCAUCUCGACUGCCUCCGACAUCCGCCUGCUCUGGCAGGGCCGUCUGUCGCACUGCCUCGUCUCGCUCGGCGUCAAGGCAGACCUCUCGCCCUCGGCUACCCUCAAUCUUAACCCUGGUGGGAAAGUGGGCAUUGUCAAGAGCGUCGGUGUCGAAGUCAUGUAUUUCUCCCAAGCCGACGACUAG